GUUGGCGGUAAUGACUGACUUUCUAUUGUUUCCAGCACCAGAUUUCAACGUGCGAGCAACACACCCAGUAAUUCACGCGACCUUGAUAAAGAAAUUCAUAGUAGAUUUUCCAUCCCUGUCCGUGCUCCUCUGGCAUCUAGAUUCCUGGCCAUUCGAUGUCAAGUUGUGGUUUCUGGGCGUUGAAAGUCGAGCCUGUGGACACACGUCGUGCGACUUGUACUGGAAACUAGGCCAAGAGAAGAGAUACGGCUCAUCUAGAUUUGACAUUGAUAUUCUCCUGGACAGAUGGCGUUUUCUGGUCUCCUAAAUAUAGAUUAUUUUGUGGUGGCAUUCAUAGAAAAUAGACAAUUUUGUCGGUGGGGAAUCAGGACAGGUCGCAAAUGCAAUAGCGCUGGGCUCAAGUAUGUGUUGCAAUAGAUCAAGACGGAGUUGUUGCAGAGCUGGUGACGCUCAUGGCCCAGGUAGAGUCGAAGUGGCCCAACUGUCGGUCAAAGAGUCCGAGUGUGAAAACAUCGGCCAUAAAGCCUGCCCGGUCCCGAGUGUUGAAGAAUCCAAUGCUCAUGAAGAAAUCCAGACAGAUUCAAAGAUUUGCGGUGAUACCAAUAAAGCCAAGGAAAAAAGCUGACCGAUGCAUAUUCGAUGGUCAGCGCAAAGCAUGUUGACACUUUGCAGGCUGAUCAACGCUGUCACGGGGCGAA